GAAACUGCGGAGUUAUAAGUUCCUCCACCUCCAUCCCCACCAUUAAAGAUGGCGGGCAUGCAUUUUGAGUAUGACGAACAGGGAGGAACAUUUUAUUAUUUUUUACUCUCCUUUUGGUUUUUAGUUCUUUUUCCAGCUACAUGUUAUCUGUGGCCUCGUAGUUCAAAGAAAGAUAGUGCUAGUGAUACCGAGAAAAAGUGUAUAUGCCCUCCAUGCAGAGAAAAACAAAGACAAUUAAAAGUCAAUGAACCAUGGACAAAAGCCAAACAGAAGGGGAUUAACAUUGGACUUGCUAUGGGAUGGAUUAUUUUCUUCUUGUUACUUUACAAAGUUUCAAUGAGCCAGAUGGAUUAUGUUGAGUAUGAUCCUUUCACUGAGUUGAGUGUUGACAGGUCGGCAAGCACAGCAGACAUCAAAAAGGCCUUUAGGAAACUCAGUUUAAUAUACCAUCCUGACAGAGAGUCUGGAGAUUCAAAAAAGUUUAUGCGGAUAGCAAAGGCAUAUGCUGCAUUAACAGAUGAAGAAUCACGUAAGAACUGGGAAGAAUAUGGCAAUCCUGAUGGUCCUGGAGUUACUCGAUUUGGUAUUGCUUUACCAAAAUGGAUUGUUGAAAGAGAAAAUUCUGUGUGGGUGCUUGCUGUUUAUGGUCUGGUGUUCAUGAUACUAUUACCAUUCAUUGUGGGUGUAUGGUGGUACCGUUCAAUCAAGUUCAGUGCUGAUCAAGUUUUACUUGAUACUACCCAUUUAUAUCUGUAUUUCUUUAACAAGACACCAAGCAUGCAUCUUAAACGUGUUGUUAUGAUUUUGGCUUCCUCUUGGGAAUAUGACAGAUUGCACAAUGCUGAGAUUGUGGAGCGGCCAAGUGACAACGAGGAACUUCCUGCUCUGAUGCGAGAAUUAAGCAAUUUGGGUGAAAACAAUAAAGAGCGACCACUGUGCUUCCCUUACAGUAUUAAGGCCAGAGUGUUGUUGUUUGCUCAUAUGGCACGGAAAAGUCUUCCAGCGGACUCACUGGAGAUAGAUAAACAAUAUAUAUUAAAGAAAUGUCCCAGCUUGAUCAAUGAAAUGGUGAAUGUUGUUCCUCAGUUAGUUGGUGGAGCAGUUCAUGGCAAAUGUUUUUCUAUGCCCACUUUGGAUACUCUUGAAAAUAUAAUGAAAUUAUCUCAGCUGCUAACCCAAGCUCUUCAGGAGAAGUCCCCUGCUCUUCUUCAGCUGCCUUGCAUAACACAGGAUAUGUUGAAAUACUUUGUUUGUCGUAAAAGAAAUAUUCGAAGUGUGAAAGACUUUUUGCUCAUGAAAGAUGAUGACCGUCGAUUCAUUCUUCGUAACUUGAGUGAUGAAGAAUAUAAAAAUUUACUGGAUGUUGCUGCAUCUAUGCCUUAUAUAACAUUUGAAGUAAAGUCUGAAGUCAUUGAUGAUGAUGAUUCAACCAUCACAGCUGGUUCUAUUGUGACUGUGACUGUAAACCUCAAGCGGGAAAGCAUGGGUGAUCAUUUUAGAAACAAUACCGAUUCCCCAAGUAAAAAGGACGAUAAGAAAGAAAUGAUUGAAGCCGAGGAUCUUUAUGCAAAAGAAGAGGCUGAAAGCAGGGUCACUGAAUCUCCACAGAGGAGACCUCUUAGACCCUGGGAAAAGAAAAAGAAGAAAAAUAACAAGAAAUCUGGCAAGAAAUCUAAUAAGAAAGUUAAAGGUCCACCACCCCGAUCUAAUGCAUCUUCAGCACAGGCAGCAGCAGCAACAGCAGCAGUAGCAGAGACCAAGGAGGAUAAGAAAGGAACUGUUGCUACUAUUUAUCCUGCUAGUUCCGAGACAGCAGAGGUUGAGAAUGGUAAAGGAGAGAGUGAAAAUGGGUCUGAUCACGAAGGAAGUGAAAACUCUGAUGAGGAUUUAAAAGACGGCAACUGGAAAGAUAAUCCUAAUGGAAAAGAUGAUGAUGAAGACUGGUCUAAGUAUCAGGCUGAUAUAAAGAAGGAAACCAUUUUAGAAACAAAAUCUAAAGAAAGUCAUCCUGUUCAUUGUCCAUAUUUCCCUAUUGAAAAACAGGAGUGUUGGUGGCUGUACAUUGCCGACCGGAAACAGAAAAUGCUUAUAUCUGCACCUGUGUUUAUUUCGAGCUUAAAGUAUGAAGAAAAGAUUGAAGUAAAAUUUUCUGCACCAAGAAAACCUGGCAUUUACCAUUAUUCAGUCUAUUUGAGAUCUGAUUCCUAUUUAGAUUCGGACCAAGUGCAUGGUUUAAGGCUUGACGUAAAACAAGCAAAGAUAAUUGAGGACCACCCACAAUGGGAAAUUUCUGAUGAUGACGAUGAUAAGAAGGAAGAGGAGGCUAGUGGAGAUUCUGACUAUUCUACAGACAAUGAAGAAUCUGAUUCUGAAUAAAUAUAUUUUGAUGUACAAGUGUUGAUGUCAGUUUUAUAAACCCAAUAACUACAGGCUUUUGGGGUUUGUGUUUUUUUUUUUUUUUCAACUCCUUUUGUUAACAUCUCAGCUGUUCGUCUCAUCACUGUUGUGCCCCAGUAUAUUUCCAAGAAUAUUACUGAGAUAAUUCUUAGAAAAAGCAAUGCUUUUUUUAUAUGUGAUACUUUAUGCAUCAUAUGUGAUGAAUUUCUUUAAAUCUCAUGAAUCUAUUUCAUCGACGAAGUUUGUAAAACAUGAAAAAAAGCCCAAGACAACACUAACAGUUACACCAAUGCAUUCAAUACAGCAAUCAUUAGGGAAGGAUUGUAAUAAGCAUUCCUUUGUAUGUCGAAGCUACGAAGCCUUUCCCAGAUCAUUUCACGGCAGCAGUGUAGCUUUUAGUUUUCUAGUUUCAGUGUUUGAAAGAUUAACAAAUUAAAAGACACAAGAUAUUUUUUUUAGGCUAUUAUUUAUAGAUUUUCAAGUCUUGAAACGGGAAACAAAGCUGUUCUCCAUACUCCAAUAAAACAAAUGAUCCAUUUACCAGUAAACAGAGAAAGUCUAAAAUGAUGAUAAAUAAUAUUAAUGAUAAUAAUGAUGAUGAUGAGUCCAUUAUGAAAUACUGAUUUAAAAAAUAUAUUACAGUUUUAUUAAUAUUUAAUUGUUAAUUUUUCAUAUGCUUGUGUUGUUUCAUUCAUUUUUAAACAGAGUUGUGUUGGCUUUCUGACUGUUUUGCCUUCCUAUGAUUUCUCAUGGAAUAUUUUUUUAAUGCUUAUUUAAACACACAACUGGAACAUUUUACUUUAAAUGUGUAUAUUUUUUAUUUUACUAUUAUUUUCUUUUUUUUAUAUUUUUGUCCCAAAUUUAUUUGACCAAAUUUUGCUGAAAUAUUAGGUGCAUGCACUGUUUACCUUUGUUUAAAGGUAAAAUGGGUAAUUAGAGGACAAACAGCUUGUAGGUUUCUUCAGAACAAGCAUUCAAGAAUCAUUUUAUAAUCAACAGACCAAAAACAAUUCAAUCUUCUUUGGAACUUCUGUACAUAAUUUCUGUAAUACUCUGUUAACUUCACUUAAAGCUAAUAAAAUCACUAUUGAAAAUCCU